ACGUUUUUAGCUAAUUUACCAUGAUGUCACCAGUGCUGCCUUCAGACGUUUUUACGUUAUGGAAUAUUCAAUUGGAUGGAAACAGUGGUGUCCUGAACGUCCAGUUUAAAAACGGGGAGGGGUUGGGUUGUGGGUUAGAGAAGGAUGUCAGCAUGGCCUCUUCUCUUUUAAAACGUCACUCAUUGCUUCAAACCACACCCAUCAAACGGGAGGAAACAUACCUCAAAGUCUGUUCAAGAACGUUUUGGGGGGUGGAAACGUGUCGUUCAGUACCAACCAUUCAAGCGAACUGAACCCACCUCUAGAUAUAGAACAGGAAUAGAACAACAAAUUAACGUUUCGUAUUUUUCAGGUGAUUAAUAUAUUCAUCCUGCGAGCUACCUGUGUUUGGUUGCGCAAAAGUAUUGCGUUUACUUGCUGAUGACGGGAUAAGCAUGGUGUGAAUCACGGAGUAACUCAACAAAGAUAUAAGCACAAGAGCAGCGGCUUAACAAGAGGAAUCAUACACAUACCGGAGUGAGAAGACACGAUGGCAGAGAACAAGAUGGGGCCAAACAUUGGGGCUGGGGCUGGAGGUUUUGCCAAACUGGUACAAAAGUCAUUGAAUCGAGCUCAGGAGAAGGUCAUGCAGAAGCUGGGUAAGAACAUGGAGACAAAAGAUGAACAGUUUGAGCAGUACUCCCAGAACCUUCUCAAACAACAGAAUGAUGGCGGCAGGCUAUUUAAAGACGUCAAAGCAUACUUCAGUGCAGUGAAAGUGAUGCAUGAGACUUCCAAGCGCCUGUCCCAGACGUUAAGAGAUGUCUACGAACCUGACUGGCAGGGAGGAGAGGACCUAUCUGUCAUCAUGGAGAGUGAGGACUUGCUGUGGAAUGAUUAUGAAGAGAAACUAACAGACCAGAUAGUUCGCACCAUGGAGAAUUACACUGGACAGUUUCAUGAAGUCAAGGAACGAGUAGCCAAACGUGGUCGGAAGCUCGUAGACUACGAUUCCUCACGCCACCACUUGGAGACGCUGCAGAAUGCCAAGAAGAAAGACGAUGCCAAAAUCACCAAGGCAGAGGAGGAGUUCAACAAAGCCCAGAGUGUGUUUGAGGAAAUCAACAAAGAGAUGAGGGAGGAGCUUCCUGUUCUCUAUCAAAGCCGGAUUGGAUGUUACGUGACCGUCUUUCAAAACAUUUCCAACCUGAGGGACGUCUUCUAUAAGGAAAUGAGUGUGCUGAACCAUGAGCUUUACAGCGUGAUGAAGAAGCUGGAGACUCAGUAUUCAGGAAAAGCUUUUAUCAUCAAGGGCCUUAACAGCACCAAGUCCAAGAAGAGAAAAUCCCUGGUCAUCUCAGCGCCCAUCCCCUGUAACACAGCCUUCCCCUCGGAACACACAGCUCUCCACGCAUCCACAGCCCCGGAGAACGGCAAGGAGACCUGUACCCAGAGUAUCCCUGAGGAGCCCGCUGCCAUCUCAGGAGAGGCUGACGAGGGCACUGGCACAGCGGACCCCUGCGUCUUCACCUCCGUUCUCUCGGACGAGUUGAGCUCCAACGGCACCACUACACCCAACAGGCGGUCGGCGUGCGACAGCGACAACGGGGUCGGGAGUGACGUCGCUUCAGAGGGUCUGAGUGACCUCCAAGAUGGCGGUGCUUUGGAAGAGCAGGGCCUUAGCCAAUUGCAGGACUCCUCUGCCUUAGAAGAGCAGGUUCAAAGGUCAGAGGUGACCUCUGGAGGUGAGGUCAUUACCAGUCAGAAGGCUGUGGCUGAGUCCACAGAGAGCAAAGUCCUAUAUGACACUGACCAGGCUAAUCUUCCAGAGCAUGGCAAAGCCAAGGCUCCACCGCGUCCUGCGCCACAACUUUCCUUACCCCACUCUGAGAAGCACUCCUUCCCCCCUGCAGAGGCCAGCCAAGUGGAGGUGGUGGAAGAGAAGGGAGAAAGAGCUUCCCAGGAGCUGCAGGCAGGUGACACCGAGAGCACUGGAAAUGACUCGGACUCCCAGAAUCCACCUGGUUUCAUUUACAAGGGAGUGGCGCUCGAGGGUCACAUUUCAGAAGACGGCACACUGCAGUAUGACGUGGAAGAUCUGAUUCUUAUCCUCGCCGACGCAGAGGAGAAGCAGGAAGGCAUGGCCAAGGUGGUGAGGGAGAAGACAUGUAUUGAGCAGGGAGAUCUGCCAGAAUGAGCCAAUUUGUACCUGUCAUUCCUGUCUUCCCCUCGAGCUGUGGUGACCCAUUCAGUGUUCAUGUGCUAGUCAGAACAUUUCCAACUUGCUAACUGGUUGUCGUUAUACACGUGCCGCGCUCAACCAGUGACCAAGUUGGAGUUCCGAUUAGCACACCGGCACACACAAUGGCAAUGGACGGAGAUGGUAUGGGUGUGGAGGACUUCGUAAGAAGAGAAAGAGGAAAAACAGGAACACAAGCCCUAUUAAUCACACGCUUCCAUGUCUCAACUUGUUGGAAGAAAACGAUGUGUCAUACUUACCGAGAGAAUGUUCUUUUGUUAACACAUGUUUUUGAUAUGCAGUAUUUUGGCCUUGUUUGUGUUAACAUUGUGUAAGUCUCAACUGUGAAACGUAUAGAAACCAUUUUUUUUUAUAUUGAUGCCAUUGAAAGAGUUGUAGUUUAAUAAAGUUAUGUGAGAGAGGAGUGGUGUUGUUGAAAUAGCAAAAAGAAUAGCAUUUUCACUGUUCUAAUAGGUUGCAUGGGUCUGCUUUAGCUUUACUGCUUAAGCAAUAAGGCCCGAGGAGGUGUGGUAUAUGGACAAUAUACCACGGCUAAGGGCUGUCCGGAUGCACGGCGCAACGCAGAGUGCCUGGCCACAGCCCUGAGGUGUGGUAUAUUGGCCAAAUAUAUGACAAACCGCCUGAGGUGCCUUAUUACUAUUAUAAACUGGUUACCAACGUAAUUCGAGCAGUAAGAAUAUUUUCUGUCAUACCCGUUGUAUACGGUCUGCUAUACCACUGCUGAAAGCCAAUGAACAUUCAGGGCUUGAACCACCCAGUUUCUAAUAUUCCAUAUUCCCAUGAGUAGUCAAGCCCCUGUGUAUCACAUGUUACAACACAAGGUGGCGCUAGUGGUCUAACAAACUACAGAGAUAACCCAUUUUCACUUGAGGUGCUUUCCCAUUCUUUUUUUGUUGUUGCAGUGAUUGUGAAUAUUAGUGUCAACUUCGUGGCCGACCUUGAAACUUGGUGGGAUAACCUCAUU